AUUCAACGUCUAGUUUACAAAAUAAAUCCGACGACGGCACCACCACAACCUAAUAUUUCCUCUCACAGAACUCACCGACAAUCUGGACCCCAAACAAAAGAAAGGGACGAAGAAUGAGGAGAGAGAAAACAGCAUCCUUUCAUUUCUGACUUCGUGGUGAGUUAAAGGACAAAGCAAAAGAGAAAAUAAUAACAAUUACCUUUCAAAACAGUUGGCACAAAUGUAAGUGACAAAGAGCACAGAUAAAAAGAGAAGAACUAUGCCGGGCUUGAUAAAUGUAGAGAAACGGAGUGCUCUGCCACUCAGCGUCUCCGAAAUUACAUCCUGUGUCAGAGGAUACACCCUAGCAAUGACAGCCUCCAUGACGUACAACAACUUCGAGGACCGCCCUAUUGAAGGCAUCUUCAUCUACCCUUUGGAUGAAUGUUCAACAGUAGUAGGAUUCGAGGCCAUGAUCUCUGACCAGAUCAUAACAUUGCAGAUCAAGGACAAGACCAAAAUUGAUGACUGUUACUUUGAUUGCUGUUCGACCGCUAAUGAAGCUUUUCUGAGUGGCGCUGGCAGAAUUGUGCUGGAUGAGGACCUGGAGCGGACAGUUCUGGUGGUCAACCUGGGCAUCAUCCCUCCCUUAGAGACUGUCAAUGUGCUGGUCAGCACGUCCUCUGAGCUGCCCACUCUCCCCAAUGGAGCCAUCAGGGUCACCUCCCCACCUGCGUGUACUCCCAAGGUCCAGAAGUCUGUCAGUGAGGAUCACUGCUUCAGCCCAAGCCUAGCUAGAACAUCUGGCUUUGCGCCAAGAAGGGACAGGCACCACUGCACCCUCAGCCCACAUGACCAGACCCUGGCAAGCAGCCACCUCUGCCUGGCCUGGCUACUGGAGGAGGAGCAGCUCAAUUCCAUCGACUAUGAGUUCAACUUUCGGCUGGAGAUCCGGGGCCCUUGCCUGCUCGCUGGUGUCGAAAGCCCAACUCAUGCCAUCCGGGCGGAUGCAGAAGCUUCAGCCCGCUCUGCCACUAAUGUCGUUGUGACUUUGGCUGACAAGUACACUUACGACUACCCUGUGGAGAUCAUCAUCUACUUAAGUGAGCCACACGUGCCGCAUGUUCUGAUUGAAGACGGCGACAUGAUGCUUGAGGAAUAUGACGAGCACCUAAAAGGCAGAAGUGACUUCAUCAAAGGCACCAAGAAGGACUCCAGCAAUGAGAAGAAAGUGGAUAUUCUCCGCAAACGACUCCAUAAAGAUAUCCUCCACAACCCAGUGGUCAUGCUCAACUUUUGCCCCGACCUCACGAAUGUGACCUCUGAUUUGAGGAGGGUACAGGGGGAGUUCAUCUUCCUGAUUGACCGCAGCGGCAGCAUGAGUGGGAUAAAUAUCAGCCGUGUGAGGGACGCCAUGGUGGUGGCAUUGAAAAGCCUCGUUCCAGCCUGCUUGUUCAACAUCGUAGGCUUUGGCUCUACAUUCAAAUCUCUGUUUCCAUCUAGCCAAGUCUAUGGUGAGGAGACGCUUGCCGUUGCCUGUGAGUACAUCAGGCAGAUGCGGGCUGACAUGGGAGGGACCAACAUUCUGGCUCCUCUCAGCUGGAUCCUGAGGCAGCCUCUGUACCGGGGUCACCCCCGUCUGCUGUUCCUGCUGACCGAUGGCGCGGUCAGCAACACGGGGAAUGUCAUCGAGCUGCUCCGCAGCCAUGCCCGAUUCACCAGGUGCUACACCUUUGGGAUUGGUCAGAAUGCAUGCAGGAGGCUUGUGAUUGGUCUGUCCACUGUAUCCAGAGGAACUGCUGAGUUUCUGGCAGAGGGAGAGAGACUGCAGCCGAAGAUGGUGAGAUCUUUGAAGAAAUCCAUGUCUCCAGUGCUCAGUGACAUUUCCAUCGACUGGCUGUUCCCUGAAACCAAAGAGGUUCUGCUGUCCCCUGUGGGCUCUACGUUCUUGUUUCCUGGCGACCACUUGAUUGGCUACAGUGUCGUUUGUGACACAACACGUUACCAUCCCAACCCAAAGUCUGACAAGAGGCGACGUUACAGCAUGAUGCGUUUGAACGAGUCAAACAGCUCGGUGUUCUACCACUCCCAAGAGGAGGAAUCAGAGAAGACUGGCACAGACAGCCGGACAUUGCUGCGAGAGGAGCCUGCCAGGUCCCCUAGCGACAGUUACCAGGAGAUUGUGUCAGAGGGCAGCCCAGUUACCAAAGAGCAGGAUUUGAUUGGAACAGACAUGAAAACCUCACCUAGAAGGAGGGCAUAUAGCACCAAUCAGAUUAUGGACUAUAACCCUCUGAGGAAGGUGCACACUCCGAGUGACCCAAGCUCAGUCAUGGGUAAGAACCCACUAAGGAGGACCAAGAUCCAGGAACUGACCAGCUAUCCUAGCCAAGCCCAUGGAGCGCAAUGGAUGAGUGACUAUCAGAUGGACCAUGGAGGCCUCAGAGGAGACGCGAGAACCUCAGCGGCCUCCCUUCAAGCGGAGCGACAGAUCCAUGGCGUACUGGCCGCAGCUGUGAGCGUGGACUGUGGAUUUCAGCCACAGCUGGCGAGUCUGUGCUCGAGCAGAUGUCGGUCUAAUGCCGGACAAAGACCACUCCAGCUGCAACAUGAAGAGCUUAUCCAAGACCCAGAGAUGGAUCAGCUACAUCAGUGCGCCAGCGUCCAUGCGGUCCGAGGAACCGCGGUCGAGGAGGACUCCAGGUCCUCCACGGACAGCCCUUCCGUGAGCAGUGGUGGAGAUCCAGAGGGCUACACUCAUCAGUUCUGUGAAUUCGAAAUGCCGCCGGAGCUGUUCACUCCCGACAGAGACCCCAGCAAGCCGGGGAGGAAAGACUGCAAGGCGGUAGUCACAGCACUUCUCUGUGGGAAGCCAGUUAAGUGGGAGGUCGUGUUUGAUAUCGAUCCGCACCUGAACGGAAGAGAACGGGAAGAGAAGGUUCAUGAAGACUUGUGGAACGAAACUUUCCAUCAUUUGGCGGGGAGGUCCAUCAUUCAGGACUUUGAGCAAAUGGCAGACAAAGAAUGUGAGAUUGAGUAUGGUUCUAGCAGGAGGUACCAACUUUAUGCCAUUCAAACCAGCAAGGCCUGUAACAUUCUGAGCAAAUACACAGCGUUCGUGCCCAUAGAUCUGGACACGAAUGAAUAUCUACGGACCAGCAUUGAAUACACAAGCCCAGGAGACACAUCAAGGCACAGCAGUCAUUCUGGCUCGCGUUCUGGGAGCCGAAAGAAUCGCACGUACUCCAGGGGACUGGGUCGCUCCCAGUCGGACUGUGUGUCUGAAGGGACUGAGGAAGGCUUGAUGCCCAUAAAAACAGACUAUAAUGAAGCCACAUCCCCCAGUAGCACAUCCUCACCUUCUGGAUGGGAGAGAUUUAGCUUUAAUGAAGUGCUGUUAAGGAGCUCUUCAACGGCCUCUGAACACUCCCAAAGAUCAGUGGAGAGUCUCUUCUCUGCUAGACUGAGUCUCAGCAGGGUGCGAAUGUUAACACGGGCUGCACAGGGGUUCAUGUGCCGGUCACCCAGAACCAGCGAAUCGAUGGCCGACAAUGAGAACGAGAGCAAAGACUACAUUCCUCUGGUGUCCUUGCAGUUAGCCUGCGGGGCGUUUUUAUUGAACAAUGCCCUGUGCGAGGCCAUCAACGUGCCCAUGGACAAGCUGAGGUGGACCUCCCCCUUCGCCAGCCACCGAGGAAGUGUGGUGCACGUCUCCCAGUGCAGCAGCCGUGGGACGGAGGGCAGAGGCAAAGAAGGUUCCAGGCGAGUCAUGUCCCCACCAGAGCCCCGCUCGAAAGAGGAGGCUGCAGGGCAGCUAGUGGAGGAAAAAAGCUCGAGCCAACCCCACUGCAUGAGACGUCCCCAGACUGAAAUCGAGCCCUCCCUGCUGACAGCCUCCCUUCACGGCUACGUUCCACCUGAGCCCCCUCACUCACCCGCAAACUCACAGACGGACAGUGGGCGCGGCUCCGAGUCCGAGGGUAUGGAGACCCCUCCGGGCCGGCCUGGAAGCCUGUGGGGCUUCUCGGAACCGGAGGGCGCCCUGUGGGCUACAGCGGUGGCGCUGGCCUGCCUGGAGCACGGCUCCGCCAGCUACUUCAUCGAGUGGGAGCUGGUGGCCGCCAAAGCCAGCAUGUGGCUCAGCAGCCAACCCAUCCCUGAGGGCCGGGAUCUGGCGUCCGUCAAGGCGGCAGCCAAUCAGCUGUUUGUCAUCCUCAGACACUGGGAUGAAAACCUGCAGCUCAACAUGCUCUGCUACAACCCCAACAGUGUCUGAGUAUACCUGCAUACAUAGCGGUGUUUUCUUUCGCGUGUUUGUUUGCUGGAAAAAGGCCUGUGUGAUUCUGAUCAGUUUGAAGUGGCUCUGUUUUUAUUCCAGUAUGGUGACUUGCUCUGGUGUUGGGUAUCUUUAUGUUACACGAGGUAAAAAAAAAUAUAUAUAUAUACACUGCCAUUAAAAAAAAUGCUUUAUCACAAAGGGCAUGAUAAAAGCAGAAAUGUUUUCUAUUAAGUGCAAAAGAGCAGGAAGUAUUGAUCUUACUAUGUGCCUGGAUUUGCCAGUGGUCAUGGCAAAAAGUCAUGGCAAUUUGUUUGAGCAUUCAUUUAUCCUGUUACAGUACACUUAGGAAAGCAUUUUUGUCCCUCUUUACUGUAGCUUGAUAAUAACCUGUGAUGCAAACAGCAAUUAUGCCAUGGUUAUUUUGCAUUUCGUACGUGUAUAUUUAGUGCUCGUUUGACCUUUGAACUGUGGCGUCAUUUUGCAAAUUGUAAAACAUCACAUGGAUCAAAUUGUAGGGGCUUACUCACCGAUGUCCUUUACAGCCGAUUCGUGUGAAUACAAAAAGCCAAAAACGAUGGUCCAAAAAUCAUGCUAAAUUACUUGUUGCCUGUCCAUACAGUGGUAGUCAAACGUAUUUACUUAUGUUUAAAAUUGUAUUUUUCUGCUUAGCACUGACUGGUGCAGUUGGUUAAGAUACUUAUCUUGAGUGCAUGCUCAGCUCUACAGAUCAUUGUUCGUGGGCAUUUUCGUGUUAAAUAUGACUGGGAGGCCUAAGACAGUAGCACCACUUGGUAUUAUUUAGCCAAUGGAAUGAAUGGACUAGAUUGCUGCAGAGUACAAUGCAGUGUUGGCUCAUGAGAGUUUUACUUACACAAAACUGGUUUGAGGUCAGAAGUAAAAAUGAUUUGUUCAGACAAAUAACCAAUCAGAUUGUAGAGGAGAUGGCCUAGAGCAGGGUUGUACCACAAAUGGUUCAGCUCAAGAGCUGUGUUGUAAUUACCACAAGGAGUUGAAUCAGGUGUGUUAAAUGAGGGGAACCAAACACUGUGCAGGGCUCCGGCGCCCAGGACUGGAGUUUGACACCCCUGGCCUAGAGGAUCAGCUAGAGGAGGCAGGAUGAACCAAUCAAAUAUCUUGAUCUUGGUCUUGCUUGGACCCACCUCCACUGCAAUCUGAUUGGCUAUCUCACUGGACCAAUCAUUUUUCUUUUGCUCUCACAACAUUUUUUGUGUAAGUAAAACUCCCACAAGCACAGUGUCACCAACUUAUCAUGUUUACGUGAGUUGCAUCUACCCAACUGUACAAGCUGCAGUGCAUCUCCAGUCCUCCUGCAAAGUUCCCAGUGAUGUACUGCAGGAAAUAAUAACGAAAUGGUUGGUAAAUUGGUAAAUUGGCAAAACUUGUGUCGGUUCCAUCAUCUACUACUUGGCAGGUAAAGGGAGUCACUGCGGACAGAAGAGUAAGCUAAUGAACUUAAUGAACUGUAAAAUGAAGAAGGCAAUUAGAAAUGGAAAAAAAGUCAUAAAAAUCAAGGCGAUAAACGACUCUUGACGAGAAGCUGGAGAACAAAAAUAAUCCAAUAGCUCUGUAAAAAGCAGCAGUGUGGAGCAGCACAUUUUUGGGACAGAUCUAUUAGAGAGUGAAAAAGGGGAGCCAGUUUAAGGUAAAUAAAAAGAGGCAGAGGUGACAGCUCAGAGGUAAACCUACGACUGAGCGAUGGCUAACGGGGGGCCACCAGGGGCAGAUUAAUGCAUAGGCUACAGCCUAGGGCCUCAGUACACAUCAGGGCCCCACCUCACCUCGGGAUAAAUGGAAAGCUUAUUUAAACCAGCAACUCCUGGUUCUCCCAUACUGACGACAACCCAGGGAUCCCCAAGAUAAUCCGCCCUUGGGAACCAUGUUUUUAAGAUAACAUCAAAAAGACUCACAGAGUCAGAACUCCACUCAUCUUGAUGACAAGUGAAAUCCAUGAAGUAUAUAAAUGUUUAAAACAGUUCAAAAUAUGUACGCAGCAAAUUAAUUGUUAUAAUUUGGGUGCAGAUUAUCAAACGAUCAACAGAAAAUCAGUAAACAUGGUCGAACCUACAUUUCACACUUUACAAAUUCUCUACAAUUAGGUGUCAAUAAUUUUGGUUUAACUAACUAUUAAUUUAAAAAAAAUUGUUCAAAUAAAUGAAAAAAAAAGAUUUUAUUGAAAUAUGAAAUUGUAUGGUUAUGAUCUAAAGAAAUUGGUAACAAAAGGGAUAUCUCUUCUCUAUAAAAUGGUGUGAAAAGAUCGAUAGAAGUUGCGUGUUCUUUAUACUAACACUGAAUAUUGACUGCCACACUUGUCUAAAAGUAUGCACAAAAGUGCAAGGUAAUUCAACUAUUAUCACUCUAUCCCUGUCCGCACUGAUGAUGAAAAUAUGUAUCACUGAUUUUCAUUAAUGUUUGCUUAUGCUAAUGAAGUUCGUAUCUGCCAAGGAAUGCAAACAUCUUACUGACAUUUGCCUUUACAUUUGUAACUGUAGCGUAUAGGUACAUGAAAAUGCCGCUUUCCAGUAUUGGUUAAAGUACACCUUUAUCUAGGAUGCUUUGUAUUGUCUAAAACAAUAUGAAGUAAUUAAAGAGAUCAGACAUCUGUGAUUAAUAUAUUAAUAUUCUGUCUGUGUGCUCUUUAGCCUCAAGUGCCUAUCUACAAUGCUUUGGUGAUGGAUACUGCAUGUCACUGGUUAUUUUAUAUAUCUAGAUGUCAGUCUUGGACUUUAUUCCAAGAUAUGGAGCUACCUGCUUUGUUUGUUUCUUUUGUUUGUUUUUGUCUUAUCAGUUCUCAACCAGACAUAUUUUGUUGCAUUCAUUAAAAUGGUAAACAUGUUUUGAUACUCUUGUGAAAAAUUAUCUACUCAUGAAAUCCCACUGAAAUCAAUUUAUUAUUUUUAAGGUUUAACUCUCACCAUAAUCUUAUAUUUAAUAAACUAUAACACGCCAUAUCCGAGUCACAUUUUUAAAAGUACAGAAUUUGAAUUCAGGUCAAAUGAAAAUUAUAAGUUUUUCUGUUUUAUUGAAUUAUUUUGAAAAUUAAUGAAUCAAUUUAUAUUUAAGUUAACCAGUCACUAUCAUCUUUAUUUACAGGCUAUAUUCGUCAUAUUGAUAAACUCAAGUAAUACUUAAUAAAGUCAUGAAAUGUUGGUUUUUAAAAUAUGCUUUUGGGUAAUAACACAGUUUGCCUUGGAAAUAUGCACAGCCAGUCAUACAUCAUAAGUGUGACCACUUACAUGCAUGCAAAACUUACCUGAACAAAAAAAAAAAAACAAUGACUGAAGUGUGUUAUUAGUUGACUUGACUAAAUCAGCAAUGUGUAAUUCUGAUAUGCUGUUAAUUUGUAAGUAAUGAUUUCUGGGGCAUUGUGUGAUUAGAAACUGUGCAUCAUGGUGUUUAAUAGGAAAACACCAAACUUCAUCCAUGCUGCUUAGUCCAGCUGCAGAGAGUUUGCUGGUGUGCAUGAAAUUGCUUGUUAGCGUAAGUCCAGGGAGUGAUAAGCUGUAAGGCCAUUCUGCUGUGGCCAUGGUUACCAGAACCCAUCAAGGUUAAACUGUGUUUCUCAAGUACUUCUGCGUUUUGGAAAAAAAAAAUGGUGUAGACUGUUUCAAUGCCUGUUAAGUGCUGCUGGUGCUGGGUUAUAAAAUUCCUGUGGUGUGAUGGACUGUGCCACUGCAUGUAAUAACAUUAAAGUUUCAA